GUGGUGUGACAGACCGUGUAGUUUACUAGUACUGUUCAUUCGCGUCGGUGACUUAUUAUGCUCACAACACCACUCGCCCAUGGAUGACGACAUUAUUUUUAUCCACUCAUACCACGAAUGAAGAACUCGACAAAAGAGCUACCCUGGAGCCUGUCGUCCAACGCGUUGUCAAUGCACUUGGUGGUCACGAAGGUGGCGCCUACCGCAUGGGUGAUGAAGUCAGCGUCAGCGGUUGUCUCCGAGAUCUGAAGAAGAAGGACGACACAGAUAACGAACGUACGGUGGCGUGCAUAUUUUGGGCGAUCGGAUCCUCCCAAGCGACCUUGUACCGACACCGUUGGCGACUGCGGCAAGGGACUCGUGGAAGACAAACGGGCCAUCACAUGUGCAGAUUUAAUGACUGCUAUGACCUGGCCAAUUGAUAUGGCGGAAGAGCUGCAGGAGCCGGAUGAGGAGCUUGAUGAAGGGACGGACUAUAUUCAGCUAGUGUUCAGCCAUCUCAACUACAAGGCUGCGCUCCUGACGCCAGGUAUCAUGCGAGACCUCUUCAGGAUUGUUCUCCUGCCCAUCUCAGCCCGCAAAGCAGACGAACAGAUAGUGAAUCUGAUUAGACUUGUGAAAGCACUCUCGGAGACACACACUAGACUUGCUUCUGACCAUUGUUGCCAAUAAGUUCAACGAUUCUCUUUUCAAUGCAU